GCCGUUUUCCAAUCUCAAGCUUCUCCCUGCAUCCGAUCUAAACCUCGCUCUCUUCUUUCUCCAUACCUCUAAUCAUUUUCGUUAAGUACUGUUCAGAAUACCACAGUCAUGUCUGGAAGCGCAGGUUACGAUAGGCACAUCACCAUCUUCUCGGACCAGGGUCGUCUUUACCAAGUCGAGUAUGCAUUCAAAGCUAUCACUGCCGCGAACAUUACCUCGAUAGGCGUGAGGGGAAAGGACUGUGCCGUUGUGUUGUCGCAGAAGAAAGUUGCCGAUAAAUUGAUCGACCCCUCGUCCGUCACGCAUAUUUUCAGGCUCUCUCCUUCAGUUGGAUGUGUGAUGACCGGGUCAAUCGCCGAUGCCAGAGCUUCCGUCGACCGUGCUCGUGGUGAGGCUGCUGAGUUUCGAUACAAAUACGGUUACGAGAUGCCAUGCGAUGUUCUUGCCAAACGUUUGGCCAAUAUCAACCAGGUUUACACACAGAGAGCAUACAUGCGCCCACUCGGAGUUGCGAUCACCCUGUGCUCUGUGGACUCAGAGAAAGGGCCACAACUGUACAAAUGUGACCCCGCCGGAUACUACGCUGGAUACAAGGCCACUGCCUCGGGCCCGAAGCAGCAGGAGGCGCUCAAUCACCUGGAGAAGAAGCUGAAGAACAAGGAUUAUGCAGAGGGCAGCUGGGAGGAGGUAGUCGAGCUGGGGAUUACGGCACUGAGCAGUGUGCUGAGCGUGGAUUUUAAGAAGCACGAAUUGGAAAUUGGCAUCGCCGGCGGUCCUCGAACAGACGGAAAAGAAGGCACAGAUCCUCAUUUCCGGGCACUGACGGAGGAGGAGAUUGACGAACGGCUGCAAGCCAUCGCCGAGAAGGACUAAGCCGCGAGCCGGCUCGGUAUUAGCGGUAGACGUAAACGACUGUCAAGACGAUACAUUGAUCGCGUUCUGAACUCGGG